AGAUCAAGAAAGAGGAGAUGGCCAAAAACAAGGACGAUAUAAAGUAUGGAACAGCUCAGGCGAAGCUAUCGGAAGAUGAGACUCUGAGGGUGAGAUACAAGGCAGGUACCCCAAUUGAAGGAGGCAAGAUUGCCGAUUCUGAACCAGUUGAUCUCUUUUCCGGUGCUCGCCGCAUCUCCGACACUCACUCGGACGCCGUCGGUGAACGUAAUGCCACUACCCAAUCACAGUUACACCGUACCGACGAAGAUAAUUACGACUUGAACAAAGAGAAAUCAGAUGUGAUCAUCACAACCGGUUAAGCUAUAUAUUUGUACUUUUAUAGUAGUAAUAGUCUGGAAGUUUCUAAAAUUGGGUAGAAGACUUCUCCCCUGGCAGAUAAAAAUCUCUCAUCUGUUAAUUUUCUGUCCAUGUUAGCAUGUGACAUCUUGUGUGGUUUAAAGUUUCUAAAAUUCUUAGUUUUGCUCUUUAUUAUUUAUUUG